GCUCCAGGAAGCUGCGUUAGCUCGGCUAAUGCUUCGGUCACCCUCCAUCUUGUGGAUACUGCAGCUUCCAGGGACUGCGGGUGAGAGAAGAGGCAGAUAAACAGGGGUGACAGUCUUUCGCGGGCAACUUCAUCGCGCUUGCAGCAGGACGUGCAUGACAACAUGAGCACAAUCAACGUGAAAAAGCUCAAAGUCAAUGAGCUGAAAGAGGAGCUCCAGCUCCGCGGCCUAGACACCCGCGGGCUGAAGGCGGACCUGGCGGACAGGCUGCAGGCGGCUCUGGACGCAGAGGCGACCGGAGGUGCGGAGGAGGAGGAGGAAGAAGAGCAGGACGCGGGAGGAGAAGGAGACGAAGAAUUUGCCAGUGGUGAGCCUGAUGAUGGGGGAAAUGGUGUUCCUCAGUACGAUGAUGGAAACAGCGGCGCUCAGUACCAGGAGGGGAACGACGAGGGUAAUUAUGAGGAAGAUGACAACGAAAACAAUGCAGGGGCACCUGACUCCGGGUUGGGAAUAACUGACUUCACCUCGGAUGCGGGCUAUGAGCAGCAGGGAUUUGCUGAGUCUCAGGUAAAGCAGCAGCAGCAGUUUGAGGAUCCAGAACCUGAACAAGACUAUCAGGAACCUGAGGUGAAGCAAGAAUAUGAGGAGCCAGACUUGCAACAGCAGCAGUUUGAGGAACCACAAGAGCAGCAAAUGACAGAAAAGCCAGAGCAAGCAACUAAUGAACAAGGAGCGACAAAAGUAGUGCCAAAGAAGGAAGAAGAUGUGCCUCAGCAGGCAGAGACAGCAAAUGAAUGGACGCCUGCUGAAGGAGACCAGUCAGGGCAGGUCAAAUCAGAAGAUAACAGAGAUACAUCAUACAGCCGCAAAAGGCCCUAUGAUGACAACCGUGGAUAUGGAUACUAUGAGCAUCGUGAAGACAGAAGGGGGCGGUCACCACAACCUCCAGCUGAGGAAGAUGAAGAAGAUUUUGAUGACAGCCUUGUGGCCAUUGACACCUAUAACAGCGAUCUGCAUUUUAAGGUGGCUCGUAACAGGUUCUCUGGGUACCCACUUACUAUUGAGGGUUUUGCAUAUCUUUGGGCAGGUGCAAGAGCUACUUAUGGGGUCACCAAAGGACGCAUAUGCUACGAAAUGAAGAUCAACGAAGAGAUCUCUGUGAAGCACCUUCCUUCUAGUGAGCCUGAUCCCCAUGUGGUGAGAAUAGGCUGGUCUCUGGACUCCUGUAACACUCAGCUUGGAGAGGAACCUAUGUCCUAUGGCUAUGGUGGGACUGGCAAGAAAUCCUGUAACUGUAAAUUUGAGGACUAUGGGGAGAAGUUUGGUGAAAAUGAUGUGAUUGGUUGCUACAUUGACUUUGAGAGUAAAGAAAAGGUGGAGAUGUCCUUUUCCAAAAAUGGCAAAUGGCUUGGCACAUGUUACAGCAUCUCUCGUGCGGAGCUUGCGGGCCGGGCACUCUUCCCACACAUACUGGUGAAGAACUGUGGUGUGGAGUUUAACUUUGGCCAAAGAGAGGAGCCCUUCUUCCCCCCUCCACCAGGUUUUACCUUCAUCCAGCAGUUGCCACUGCAGGACCGCACUAGAGGAUCAUUGGGACCUGCAACCAAGGCAGAUUGUGAAAUGCUGAUGAUGGUGGGCUUACCUGGUAGUGGAAAGACAACUUGGGCAAAUAAAUACACCAUGCAGAACCCAGAAAAGAAGUUCAACAUUUUGGGCACCAAUGCCAUUAUGGAGAAAAUGAAAGUAAUGGGCCUUCGACGCCAGAGGAACUAUGCUGGGCGCUGGGACGUUCUCAUCCAACAGGCUACACAGUGUCUUAACCGGCUCAUCCAGAUCGCCGCUCGCAAGAAGCGCAACUACAUCCUUGACCAGACAAAUGUAUAUGGAUCAGCCCAGAGACGAAAAAUGCGUCCUUUUGAAGGGUUUCAACGCAAGGCUAUUGUAAUUUGUCCCACGGAUGAGGAUUUAAAAGAGCGAACGUUAAAGCGAACUGAUGAGGAAGGGAAGGAUGUACCCGAUCAUGCUGUUUUAGAAAUGAAAGCCAACUUUGUGCUGCCUGAGGCUGGAGACUUUCUGGAUGAGGUGAUUUACGUCGAGAUGCAGCGUGAAGAGGCAGAACCACUCAUCAAACAGUACAACGAGGAGGGGCGCAAGGCCGGCCCCCCGCCCGAAAAGCGUUUCGACAACCGCCAGGGUGGAUUCCGUGGCCGCGGAGGAGGUGGCGGUGGUGGGGGUGGUGGUGGUUUCCAGCGCUAUGACAACCAUGGCGGACCUCAGGGAAACCGAGGCGGUUACCAAAACCGUGGCGGACCUGGAGGAGGAGGUGGUGGCUUCCGUGGAGGUUACAACCGUGGUGGAUACAACCAGAAUCGCUGGGGAAGCAACUACAGAGAUUCAGGUGGCCGAGGAGGCUACAAUCGCAAUCAGCAACAGGGAGGCAGCUACAACCACAAUCGCCAGGGCUCCUACAACAAAGGUAGCUCUGGAGCCAGCAGCAGCUACAGUCAGUCCCAGCCUCAAAGCUACAAUCAAGGUUACAACCAAGGCAGCUACAGCCAAGGUUACAACUACGGAAACUAUAGCCAAUACCCAGGAUACAGCCAGGGCUACAGCCAGCCACCUGCUACCACGAGCCAGUCAUACAACCAGCAGCAGCAGCAGCAGCAGCAACAGCAGCAACAACAACAACAACAACAACAACAACAACAACAACAACAGCAGCAGCAGCAGCAGAGCUACAACCAGCAGUAUCAGCAGUAUGCUCAGCAAUGGCAGCAAUAUUACCAGAGCCAGAGCCAGUGGAACCAGUACUACAACCAGUACGGAAACUACGGCAGCUAUGGCAACCAGCAGAACACGCAAGGCUCCCAGGGCACACAGCAGUAGUACCUGCAUCGACCGUGACCCUCCAAGCUCAUUCCGUCAACAUCAUUCCUCUGCCUAUCUUUUUAUAGUCUCCGUCUUAUCUUACCCUCACAUAGUCUUCCUUCUCCCUUACGCCACUCCCCUUUAAAAGCUUUGUAUGUUUUUUGUUUGCUUCUGUUACUUUUUACCCUAUUUGCUCAGCCUUAAAUGUAACUGCAUUUCCUUGCGCUCCAUUAAUGCAUUUUAGUUCUGGUGGCAGUAGCCAGUUUUGCUCUUGAAGUGUUAUGUUAACUCAGAGUUUAGUUCAGAUAUUUAUAAACGGCAAGCAGGCAAAUUUAUAUGAGUAGCGACAUGUGAUGUAGUUUGUUCCAGAUACUGCACGCACAAAUGUGCUUGAACGCUUUGUGGUUGAUUACGUGUAGUGGGGGCGCAGGAUUUUACAUCUGAUCAGUUUUGACAGUUUUGUAUGUAGAAACUUGUUUCUCUGCUCUUUUUAUUCAUCUUUUAAGAACCAUAUUUUCCCUCAUUGGUUUAAGAAAGCAAUCUUGUGUAGAUAAAUACUAAGUGAACAUUUUAACAGCAUAAUUCUUUCUAACGCUUUAAUUGAAAUCAUGUACCUGUGGAGUUUGUCAAAUCCUUUUAUAUACCAUUCUUAAUGUCUCAACUGGCUGGCUUCAUGUCUUCUCAUGUUUAGUGAGCAUUAGUUGCUCCUUGUGUGGUUGUAAAAGUUUUUAUACCUUGUACCAUGUUUGUAAAACAAUAUUUGCAUGUGGUUUUGUGUCAGAUCAAAACUCACUUUUUUGUAUUGGAGAAUAUAAUCUAAGGAAAUGA